AUGCCUCCCUACAACGUUCAGGUAACAGCUGUGAGAAACUCUGUGACGGCUGCUGCAAAAGACAAUGAGGCUUCUGCGGGGCAAACUGUACAAUAUGCCAUGAUGGCAGAACCAUAUUCAUUCUAUGGCAACAACAAUGGCAAUGGCGAUCUCUUUCAAGGAUGGUCCCUUGUUGCCAACACCACACAACCAUCAGGGGUAUCAUUUGUACCCAUUGGUGGUCCAUCCAUUCGAUAUUCACAGGGACACUAUUAUGUCUUGACAGGUGGGGAUCAUGUCGAGCUUCUUCGGACCACCAAUCUUCAUCAAUGGGGACACAGUCCGAACAGCCCGCCAACCAACGAAUCCAUCAACUCUUUGACUCUCAACUUUAGACUCUCCUCCUGGAGGAUGCAGGAAAAAGUGAUAAGUGAGAGGGGCAUGCUGUCAUCAUGA